AUCCGAGACAAUGUAAAAAAUGAUAUUUUAAAGGAGAUGAUCAGUAAUGGUAGAUACUGACAUUUGAAUUUAAUUUGUUUUUUGCAGUUUUAUUUGCCUGUGAAGGUUUGGUGCUGACCAGGGUCCUGAAAUGAAAUCUGGUACAUAAACGUAGAAAUCAUCUAAACAUGGGAGCCCAAAAUCUGCCAAACCUGUUUAAAGUUAACUUGUAAAAGUGUUUCUAACCGAGGAAGAUGAGUGUGAUUUCAUUAAGUCACUUAAGCAACCAUCAGAGGAUGGAGGGGAAAGCCGCUGACAGGAAGCAGACAAACACACACACACACACACACACACUUCAGGCCUGCACUCUUGUCAGAGUUGUCUAGACCAAAUAUUGGGAUAAAGUUAUCAACCGUUAUUUGAUUUCAAUUUUCUCCACGCACCUCGCCGAGGUCAUAAUAACAACUUUAUUUUCAGUGGUGCAUAAAUUAAUUACGCGCAUUUAAUAACUAAAAUAUCAUUAUAUUCCCCCUUUAAUAACAUAAACGCUGCACGCCAGGGAAACCCUUAAUAGCGCGGGGCCCUGUAACUGGCCAUUAUCCGCCUGUAAUGAUAUUACAGAACCAAUUACGCGCCAUUAGAAGGGAUUUUCUGCACUUUAUGUGGUUUAGUCCAAUCCCGCACUCCUCUUCUAAAUUUCAGCUGCUUCUCGAAGCCUCAUUUUGCCUCCACCUCAGAGACGCAUGGCGUCUGCGCUCUGCCGUCCCAGAUGCGCUUUAAAACUAAUUGAAAGGGUCCCGCAGCAGAUCAUUUAUCUGAGGAAGCGAAAUAAAUCGCAGGACCCCUUGCUGUGAACAAAAUCAAAAAUUUGGCCUUGUGAGUGUUCUACAUGCGCAACCCCUUGUAAAGUGGACCCCCUAACACACCCUGACGAGCAAUUAACCCACCCGACAGUCAAUCUAAAACCCAAAAGCAGUCAUCCUCCUUUUUUUAAUAUAUGAAAGAACCAAAUAAAAAGUGCAGCGGGUAUGUGUGCAUGUUUAUGGUUAGGGAAUAUGCUUGACUCUGGAAUAACAAUCACUUGUGAUGAAUUUUUUUGGCACCAGAGCAGAGCUGCCGUUUGCCACCCUGGGUACAUCUCCCCUCUCUGCCUUUCUCUCUGUCUUUCUCUGACACACACACACACACACACACACACACACACACACACACACACACCAGGGGUUGGGGGUGAGAGAGACAAAGCCGUGAUAAUCCGAUUAGGACCAAUUAGGCGUGAGAUUCUGCGACACUAGCUGAAAGCCUUAACACUCUGUAGACAGUUAUACAGUUAUAGAGACAUCUGGACACUCCCAGAGAGAGAGACAGUGUGUGUGUGUGUGUGUGUGUGUGUGUGUGUGUGUGUGUGUGUGUGUGGCAGAGAGAAAGAGAGAGGGGGGGGGGAGAGAGCGAGUGUGGACACUCCCAGACAGAGAGUCAGAGAGUCAGUGGAAGUGCAGCAGCCACUUCUCUCCAGAGCGGGAAGUCACUCACAUCAGCAUCCUCACUGCAGGUAGGAUGCUCUCUCACAUCAACUUUGAAUCUUCCUAAGUCUCGCACGGCUCCGCCUUUCCUCAGGACCAUUUAACGUGUUAAUUUUUCCAUCACAGAUCUGAAUCGCACACGGUGUAGAGGCUUUGGGCUGAAACUUUUGUCUCUGUUCCAGGUUCGCAGCUCGGAGACGCGCCAGGAUGUUCUACUUUCACUGUCCGCCUCAGCUGGACGGAGAGUGCUGUCGCUCCAACACAUUGAAUUCAAGCGGCUUUGGGAACCACGCCCCGGCUGAUUUUGAUGAUGGAUUUCUACGUAGAAAACAGCGCAGAAACAGAACAACAUUUACUUUGCAACAGUUGGAGGCACUGGAGGCCGUCUUCGCCCAGACUCACUACCCGGACGUGUUCACCCGGGAGGAGCUGGCCAUGAAGAUCAACCUGACCGAGGCCAGGGUGCAGGUUUGGUUUCAGAACCGCAGAGCAAAGUGGAGGAAGACGGAGCGAGGGAGCGCAGACCCUGAAGGAGGGAAAGAGCAGAUGAGUGACGGCACUCCUCCAUCUCGCAGCAUCAACUCUCAGUCCCCAGUGGACCACAGCAGGAAGCAGAAAGAACCACUGGAGAUGCAACAGAGUAUCAACAGGACAGUGGGUCCAAGUGGUCCGUUCUUCCCAUCAUGUAUACCAGGCACACUCCUCAACUCUGCCACCUACGCCCAGGCCCUCUCGCAGGUCGCCACACUGAAAGGUAAUGGCUUGUGCUCCUGCUGUGUCUCUGACCCCAUGGGCUUGUCCUUCCUGCCGCCCUACGGUUGUCAGGGCAACCGCACAGCCAGCGUGGCCGCCCUGCGCAUGAAGGCCCGCGAGCACUCGGAGGCCGUGCUGCAGUCUGCCAACCUGCUCGGCGCGGCGACAGGGCCCGGCUCUGGCGUGGGAGUCCUGUCUGGAGUCGGCAUGGGCGCAGCUGGGGUGGCGAGGCCCGCGGUGGGCUCUGCCAUUGAGGUGCCUGUCACCGUAGGGAGAGGGGGGGACACCUCCAGUCCCAGCCCGGCUGCCAAGGUCUCAGUCCUGGGAAGCAGUCCUGACAAAAACCCUCACUGCUCCAAGGAAUCACUGGAGAAAAAGUGAAGCGCUGGACUUAAACGUGGACGUACUGAUACUCUAAAUCUGUGUGAUCGUGCCUGUUAUUACUCUACUCUGGUCCUACGAACAACCAAGCACAACUACUGACUGACUCCAGAAACAGCCUGGGAAAGACUUUACUGAUAUCACAGUGUGUGGAUGCAAACAUUGAAAUAUUUAUUUGACAGUAAAUUAUUAUUGUUUGUGAGAAAUGCUGAAUAUUUGGGGCCUUGUUAUCCCCAUAGAAGCACAAGUGUGGUUUUGGAUCUAUAUCUGUCGUCACGCACUCUUGGACUCUAUUUGAUGGACUAAUAUAGAUACAACAUGUGUGCAACUAAAACCUAUUUGAUAAUGUGAAUUUAAGUAAUCCUGAUACAGUUCCUCUCAUUUUCAUAAAGAGGACGGAUGCUUACAUUGUGAAUGUUAAUGCAUGUAAACUGUAAGUGUAGAACUGAUGGCAGGACAGUGAGGAUUUGGGCGGAUUUUGGCAAUAUAAUGUUUAUGCCAUCAGCUCAUUAACGGGCUCAAACAAUCUCUCAUUCUUUUGAUUUUUAAAGUGAAAGUGCACUUUAAUAAUAAUCAGCCAUUUUCAGUGUAAAUGUGUACAUGUGCCAGAAUACAGUAUGCUCACGUAGGCUGAGGCAGACCCAGUGACAGAGCGGUGGUUGUCCCCUCCACUCUGUUAGCACAUCUGUGGCGCCAGCAGACAGGGAACACACCAGUCCUGUUGUGACAUGUUCUUUAAAACAAUUAAAGAUGUAGUCGCUCAUGUUCCUCUCCUGUUGCCUCGCGCUCCAGCCAUCUGUUGUGAUACAUUAUUUAUCAGUUUCCCUUAAAGCCGGGAGAGGAGAGCAAUCGUGACUCUUAUUAUUUAUUUACUUUUAGGAGCGCUCACCCUCUUCCUUCCUCUCUUCCUCUCUGUGAGCAUUUUUUAAUAAACCCCAUUAAACAUGAUAUAUGCUAUUUAUUAAUGUUGGAUUUACAUUUUGAAAAAAUAUCAUCUCUCAUCACCUCAGGGCUCUUCACACAGUAGUUUAUCACAGGCAAUACAUGUGUUGAUUUAUUAUUCCUAAAUAUCUCUUCACCAGGAUGACUCUUGAAUAAAGGAUCAGCUGAUCAGAUUGCGAAUACUUAACCGCAGAGCACACAACCAGUAGUUGGGCUGAUUCAAUUUGCGUCCUUGAGGAUUUUCAGGAAAUUACUUUUGAUAGUCAAUAACACAAUUAAGUAAACUACACACACAUUAUCAUGAAUAAUUGAUAAGAAAUUAUGUAUUACCAUGAAGUACUGGUUCAAUAAUUGAUGAGGCGACACCCUGGUGACAUGGAAGAGGGAGAUAAUGUCAGAAGUCGUGCCAGGUUGUACACAGAGUAUAGAGCACUCACGUCCUCUUUUUUUUUUCUUUUUAUUUUUUUUAACACCAUUAUGUGUGCAUGUU